UGAGGUGAUCGUUUAGUGUUUACUGUAAGCCUGAAAGUCGUUGUCGCUGGCUUUAACUGGACAGUGUACUAUUGUAGGUACAGACUAAAUGGUCUACAGUCUAUAUAGUAAACAGUACUUAACAGUAUUCAUUGCAUUUUUGUACGUGUUCUGAGCUGAGGUCGAUUGCAUCGCUUAUUGCGAUUUACGGUGCAAUCAUUUGCAGGACAGUAAGUUAUGUACUAAACUAUAUCUAACAGCAAUUGAUUAUUGAAAAGUAGUACCCAUUAAUGAAUACAAAUCUGUAAUUUUAUGUCAAGUUCUUAACUUAAUUUUUUUUUCUUCCUAAAAUCACUUCUUUAACUAUGUCAUUUUUAUUUAAUGCGAGACUUGUUAAUUGCAUGAAAAGAAUUUUUCCUAUUGCCAGACAUAAUUUAUCGAUUAAUAAUUAUAAAAGACCAAUACCAUUUCCUAAUUCAAAACAAAGUGUUAUUACUUCUAUAAGAUACUUUUUGUCAAGUCAGACAAAUACGGUAAAGUCAAUAGUCUUUGGAUUUUCAUUACUUGGUUUAAUUGGACUUGGAGAGGAAGAAAAAGAUCGUGAACUUAUCUAUACCAUUAAAAAAGGCCUGUUGUAUUUACAAAAUGAUGAUUACAAUGCUUUUGAACAAACAUUACAUGAGGCUCUCAAAAUGGCUUAUGAUUUAAAACAUUUUGAUGGUAUAACAUAUGUAUAUGAUGUGUUAGCAAAUGGAGCAUUUAUGAAUAAGGAAUAUGAAAAGGCGAAAAAUCUAUUUACCACAGUAAUGAGUAGAUUAUUUGAUCAAGGAGGCCUUGAAGAUGAUCUUAACAUUCUACAUAUAAGUCUUAAGCUUUCUAAAAUUUAUGAAUUUCAAAAAGAUUUCAAAAAUUCUGAAAUCGGUUACUUAUACUGUAUAGAACGUUUGGAGAAGAAGUUUAAAAUUGAUCCUGAAAACGAAGAUGUUUUAGGUUUAUAUGCUAUAACCUUAGACGCAUAUGCUCGUUAUUUAAUGAACCAAGGACAACCUGAUAAUGCAAGAACUUAUUUUAGAAAGGCAUAUAAUGCUAGUGUUAAGUUAAAUGGUGAAUUAUUUGAAAUGAAUGUCAUUUUAUUGAAUGAUUUAGGAACCCUAUGCUAUGUUCAAGGAAAUUUAGAUAAAGCAUUACAUUACUUUAGAAAGGCGGAAAAAAUUGGGCAACAUCUUCCUGACAUGGAAAACUUUUCAACUGUAUAUAUAAAUCUCGGUAAUAUUUACUUAAAACAAGGAUUGUUACAAGAAGCAGAAAAAAAUUGUGUGGAAGGAAUGAAAAAUGCUAAAAGACAUCGUUACGAUGAAGGCAAAAAAGAAGCAGCAAUUUGUUUAGCUGAAAUAAAAAAUGCUAUGGUGUGACUUAUAUUAAGUUUCGAAUUUAUUUUGUUUUGUAGGCCUAUUGUUAUUUAGUAUUUUAUUCCUUCAAAU